CAGAUAACUCAAGAUGGUGGCAGGAUGCGGUGCCAACUGCAUGAAGUAUACGCUCUUCAUCUUCAACAUCCUCUUCUUCUUGGCGGGGGUGGUGCUUGCGGCUGUCGGCGGGUACGUGAUGUUCACAGCUGAUGCCUUGGCAGCAAGCCUGGACCAGAACGAUUCGUCAGCAGGGUCUGUACAACUGAUCAAACUGGCAUCGAUUGUGUUCAUCGUCGCAGGUCUCCUCCUCGUGGUCAUCUGCUUCUUCGGCUGCUGUGGGGCUAUUAAAGAAAUCAAAUGCAUGCUGGGAACGUAUGCGGUUCUCAUCGGCAUUGUCAUCAUUGCUGAGUUGGUCGUUGCCAUCAGGAUAUUCAUGUUCAAAGGAUCGCUGGACGCUAUUUUGGAAACUGGUAAAGAAGCAACCCGUAUCAGUGUCCGACAGUACGGCAGUGACAGCGACAAUGACGACAUCUUGGACGAUAUGCUGCAAACGAAUCAAUGUUGUGGUGGUGAUCAUUGGACUGAUUUCAAAGAACAUGCCACCGAGUGGGAAAGGAAAAAUAAAGGCUACGAAGUCCCCUUGUCUUGCUGCAAACUUCAGGACCCUAGUGCAAGAAUAAUCGAAAGCAACCUGGUUGAACGCACGUGUCCCACUCGACCAACACGGAUGAAUUCGUACAUAGGCAGGGCUUGUAAUGAUCAAGGUGGUCCAAUUAGCGGCAUAUUUCGGGUAUUCUUCUAUGGCAUCAUCGGAGUUGUGUUUGGACUGAUAGCAAUCGAGCUCGUUGGUAUCAUCUUCGCCAUAUGCCUCAUCCGAUACAUCGGAGAUCCACGAGCAGUUCCGGUGUAAACUGGUCUACGAGGUCAAGCUGGUCAUCGUCCUAGUCGCAUGUCAAGAUCACAUAAUACAGCUGAGGUUUAAGCAGAUGCUUCAAAUGUGAAUGGGAUGACAUGUGGAUCUGGAGAUAAUUUUAGUGAAUUAAUUCACUUCGAAAUACCAGACACUGAAAUUCAAGCCUUAUAACUAGGCAGUCAUGGUCUUCAUUUUACUAAAUUUGUAAAUCAACUGAAUCCGGUUUGCCUAUAAUAUUAACUUCCACUACUACUUAAAUGCGUACGUGUAUGAAUAAUGUCAGAUCGUGUUUAAUGAUUUUCUUCUUGUUUAUGUCAAAGGCAUUGUUUUGAAGAACUGAAAGCACAAGUGUGGCAUUUAAGUGUAUGCAUGUGCAUGUUCAAGUUCCUAUAAUUAAUAUCGUAAUGUUCAUUAUAGUGACUAGUUUAUUGUGUGUCAUCUAGUCUACUGUCACGGAUGUUGUUACACCGGCAGUUAUCUAUCCAGUUUUAAAAUAUUGCUCAAAUUCUUAAAUAGGUUUGUAUUUUUGGCCUUUGCGACCCAGUAUUCGACUAUAAGACUGUAUCGUACUAUAUCAUUAAUCCUUUUAUAUAUCCAGUACAGAAUGUAUUGUCCCUCACUAUUGAUACAGCCGUACCAUAACGCUCUUUGUUCGUUGUGAAGUUCGUGCCUGUUAUUUUGGUAUGUUGGUAUCGAAACAAUGUAAAUUUAAUAUUUUCGAGAAUUAUUUUUGUCAUACUUGCUGUUUGGAUUAGCAUUAUAUUUCAAAAGGUGGCCUUAGAUAAUAAUCUUUCUCAGGAUAUCAGAAUAGUUCGGAAAGCCUUUCAUCAGCAAUAGGUAUACCGUAAAUUGUAAUAUUUAAAGGUUUGAUGAUUUUUUGAACAUGCAGCAAAAUCUGUUGGACAUCUACUUGUACUGGAUAAUUGUCUCUUUUAUUGGUCAGUUUUCAGCAUAUUUGUACUGUAACCGUCUGUUUCUGGAAACAAUAGUUAAAUGAACUUUUGAUUAUUUGAUAUGUAUGGCGCUCAGGUUUUCUCAUAAGAAGUCCUAAAACACCAGUCAAGGAAUCUGUUUUACUGGUUCCGAGCUGAUUUGAUGCACAACUGGUCACGGAGCUGACCUGCAACGUUCGACCUUUAGAGUGCAUGUGCAUAGGGAGGAUAUAGGAAAUAGGCUAGUGUAGAAUAUGAAUACAUGACAAUGCAUUGAGAUUGAUGAUAUAUUAAUUUCCUCAAGCAAUGUACCUGAAACAUGUCUAAAUAAGCAAACAUGGGUCACUCUUGUUUCAUUGGUGAGGACAAAUGUGUUUCAUUUUCAUCAGUUAAUAUUGUUUUCAGCAUAAAUAUAACCUUUCCUGGUCUUACAUCAAACAAAAAAAUCUUAAUGAUGUAUUGUCUAAUCCAUGUCAUUAUAAAACUCGGAAAACUCGGAAGCAAUAUACUCCUUUGGGAUUUUAUACACAGGUCAUGAAUGCAUGCGUGGUUUUUCAUCCAACCUUUUCCAACUUCACCCGCUUCAGAGAGAUACGUCUUACGGAUAUGAUAUCGACUAUAGACUGAUAAUUGUCUGACACCAAAAUAAUAGCUGCAGACUUGCUGUUACGGCUUCAAACAAUAUUCACCCACAAUGUCCCCUACACAAUGAGUAAGGGGAACUGCUACCAUGUCUGUCAGGUUCUGCCAGUACGUGCACUGUGGUGGGAAAAUGUUCACUGUGAGGACUAAAGCGCUUACCAUAGUGUAGGACACUCAUAUUUCGGAGCGGCGAGGUAGCUAUAACCUAGUGGUUAAAGCGUUCGCUCGUCACGCCGAAGACCGGGGUUCGAUUCCCCACAUGGGUACAAUGUGUGUAGCCCAUUUCUGGUGUUCCCGCCGUGAUAUUGCUGGAGUAUUUCUAACAGCGGCGUAAAACUGAUAUCACUCACUCAUUCAUAUUUCGACCACCGCAAAAUCAAAGUCUAAUUUUUUUAUAAUCUGUCCUCUAGGGGUAUAUAUAAAAUGUCAACGCAAGCGAAUUUUCCCAUGAAAUUUUCGAUCGUAAGUAAAAAUAACAAAAUGAAAAUGCUAUGAAUGGAUCACUAAUGACACCAGGUGUUCGCUGGUAAACUUGUUCAGCCCUACCGAUAGCAUAAAACAUGAAGUAUGUGUUGUCUGACAACCUUGUUUUGUAGCUUUGUGAAUGGAUAAUAAUACGUAGUGACGUCAACAAAUGUUGAAACUGUAUGUACAUUACACGUGUAAUAUAACGCACAACCUCUGAGCACGAAUAUUCAAAUCAUGUAUUUAAGCAUCUCUGAUUGCUAUCGGUGCCUUAUUUUCAAUACUGAAAUCAAAUGGUAGGAUAUGUUGUGGAUAAAGGACGGGUUGGAAAUAACAGCUAAUAAUCAUAACCACACUAUUUGCACGACCAACAAUUCACUCAAGUAAAUCAAAUCCGUUGGUUUUUCUACUUUAACAUUGAUAUUUUGCAUACGUGUACACAGGACUAUUUACUGUAUACUUUAAAUGAUAUUUUCUGCAUUAUAUUUGAUAAUUAUAUGAAACUAAACUAUUCCUAAACUUAAAAAACAUAUUUUCUGUAUGAUAUCGGAUAAUUAUAUGAAACUAAACUUUCAUACACUUUAAAUAGUAUUUUCUGUGUUAUAUCGAAUUAUUUAUGAAACUAAACUUGUCACACUACGAAUGCUAAUAUUCUAUUUCAGUUUUUUCCAGUAUGGGCUCCAUAUCAUUCUGCCAUAUUGUAUUGUACUGAAAAACAACAACCCUAAAUAAAAAACCACAGAGGUUAUUUUUUUUGUCAAGAGGGAUAUGCCAUCGGGUGAUGAGUUUUCGUGGAUUACGGAUUCCAUCUUGGUAUUCCACAGACCACCAGUCCUCUCUGGUAUCCAGCUAUGUCAAUCCUGCCUGGUACCCAGCUAUGCCAAUACCAUCUGGUACCUACAUAUGCCAGUCUGGUAUAUCAUCAAUCCGUCAAGAGGUGCUCUUUAUUGCAUUAACUUUACAGUAUUUGCCGACUUUUUAACCAUUUAUACUUCUAACAUUUUUAUAUGUAUGUUUUUGACAUGAGAUUCAGUAUCGUUCCAUUAUGCCAGGUUACAUUUUGGUUACCGUAGGUAAUGGCAACACAAACCAAUACUGUUAGUUAACCAACUAAAAGAUCAUAGAUAGAUGUAUUUAGAUUUCAUGUGCUGUCUGAUGUGUUCUGUGUGUGUCCUUGCAAAGUUAUAAUAUACUUCAUGGAGACGUGCGAAAUAUUGGCAUAUAAUCUUAAAAUACUCUUAGCUUUAUCGUAUGAUACUGGCUACAUCAUCUUGAAGUAUUUUGCUGUAGGGUUUUUGAUGUCUGUUACAAAUGUUAGACGGUAUAACGGCCUGUAUUGUUCUUCAGACUCAAUUCCAUUUUGGUAAGGAUUUUAUACAUUGUGUGUUUGCUUGCUUUAAUAACUGUAUAUUAGAAUAAAGCUUUCAU